ACUAAUAGUUCCGCCUGCGGGCUUGCGUUGAAAGAGGAGUUGGCGGGGAAGAGGUCACAUGUUGCAGCGUCAUCGUGUAGUAAAGUUGCUCGACUUCCACGCAGGCUCUUCAUUCCAAGCCUCACAGUCUCGCUUGUCUUGUCUUCAUCCGCCGGGCUCCUCCUCUUCUUCUUCUUCUUCUUCCGCCUCCUCCUCCUCCUCCUCCUCCCGCCGCUGCCGCUUCUCUCCCCGGCCGCCGCUGCAGCGGCACGCCCGCCCGCACGCACGCAUCUAGGCGACAGUCCGGCUUUCCACACCGUGCGUCUCCAACGGAGCCGUCCAGCCAUGGGAGUGCAUGACCUCACCCAUGCAAUUUCCACCACCAAUAAUUUAAUCUAUUUGCUGCAAACCUGAAGAGAUCAUCACACCCCCCACCCCCCCACCACCACCCACUCCAAGUCGAGGGAGAGUGCCUAGCGAGGGGAAAAGUAUCACUUAAAAAAAAAAAAAAAGUCUAAAUAAAUUACUCAGGGAGUUUGACCAGGACAUCCCAGAUGACAAAGUCCUGUUGAAUGGUGUUGUUUUACGACUGGGCAGCAUAAGUUCCACCAGGUUAGAAGAGUGAUGACCAUCCUGUUCCUUACUAUGGUUAUUUCAUACUUCAGUUGCAUGAGAGCCGCGCCCCUGAGAGACGCCCCGGGCAUGCAGGGCCAUCGAACGGAGGGCUACUUGGGCGCAGCCGCUAGGGGCCAGGGGACUCCGCAGAGCGGCGGGGGGCCAGGCCAGCGCGGGGGGCUGCCCUCGCUCACAGACACCUUUGAGCAGGUGAUAGAGGAGCUGCUGGAGGUGGAGGGAGAGGCAGAGGCGGCGCAGCUGGGACCGGGGGCCGGCGGGGGCCCGGCUUCGGCGGCGGCCGACGGCGCCAAGGAUGUCGACAUGUACGACGCCAGGGUGAUGAUCAGCAACCAAGUGCCUUUGGAGCCGCCGUUGCACUUUCUUCUGGAGGAAUACAAAAACUACCUGGACGCUGCGAACAUGUCCAUGAGGGUGCGGCGACACUCGGAUCCCUCGCGGCGUGGAGAGCUCAGCGUGUGUGACAGUAUUAGCCAGUGGGUGACAGCUGUGGAUAAAAAGACGGCAAUAGACAUGUCCGGGCAGACAGUUACCGUCAUGGAAAAGGUCCCUGUCCCCAAUGGCCAACUGAAGCAAUACUUUUACGAGACCAAAUGCAACCCCAUGGGGUACACGAAGGACGGCUGCCGAGGAAUAGACAAGCGGCAUUAUAAUUCCCAAUGCAGGACAACCCAGUCCUACGUGCGAGCGCUCACCAUGGAUAGCAAAAAGAAGAUUGGCUGGCGGUUUAUAAGGAUAGACACUUCAUGUGUAUGCACAUUGACCAUUAAAAGAGGGAGAUAGUGUAUGAAA